CACGCGGUCUUGGCGAUGCAGGGUCCCCCUGCGCCCGCCCCGGCCCCUGUGCCCAGCUCCCCCCGGGGAUCCCCGCGCGGCUCCCCCGGGCUCUUCAGGAAGCUCCUGGUGAACCAGAGCAUCCGCCUGCAGCGGCGCUUCACCGUGGCCCAUCCGCUGUGCUUGGACCUGGAAAAUGGGCUAUCAUGCGGAAGAAGCGCCCUGGACCAUCAGGCUGGGUCUGGCCUUGGCCGGGUCAUCCAAGCCCCUGCUGCCCAGCACAGCCAGAGGCGGGAGUCCUUCCUGUACCGCUCAGACAGUGACUACGAACUCUCGUCCAAGACCAUGUCCCGGAACUCCUCUGUGGCUAGCGACCUACACGGAGAAGACGUGAUUGUGACACCCUUUGCCCAGGUCCUGGCCAGUCUGAGAACGGUUCGGAGCAACGUUGCGGCCCUUGCCCACCUGCAAGGCAGCGGGGCAGCCAAGCAGGCAUGCGUCGGGAACACCCCAUCCGGCAGUCAGCCCCCUCCACCAACAGAGGACACUGGGCAGAAGCUGGCUUUGGAGACACUGGACGAGCUGGAUUGGUGUUUGGAUCAGCUGGAGACACUGCAGGCGCGGCACUCGGUGGGGGAGAUGGCCUCCAACAAGUUCAAGUGGAUGCUGAACCGGGAGUUGACUCACCUGUCUGAAGCCAGCAGCUCUGGGAACCAAGUGUCUGAGUACAUAUCCCGAACCUUCCUGGACCAGCAGACUGAGGUGGAGUUGCCCAGGGUGACCCCCACGGAGCCCCCAAGGCCCAUGUCCCAGAUCAGAGGCCUGCGUGGACUCCCCCACAGUACCAGCCUUUCUGCAGCCACUGUCCCACGCUUUGGGGUCCAGACUGAUCAGGAGGGACAACUGGCCAAGGAGCUGGAAGACACCAAGAAGUGGGGGCUUGAUGUGUUCAAGGUGGCAGAGCUAAGUGGGAACCGGCCCCUCACAGCUAUCAUGUUCAGCAUCUUUCAGGAACGGGACCUGCUCAAGACAUUUCGGAUCCCAGCAGACACACUUGCCACCUACCUACUGACACUGGAGGGUCACUACCACAACGAUGUGGCCUACCACAAUAGCCUACACGCCGCUGACGUGGCCCAGUCUACACAUGUGCUGCUGGCCACACCUGCGCUUGAGGCCGUGUUCACUGACCUGGAAGUCCUGGCUGCCAUCUUUGCAAGCGCCAUCCAUGAUGUGGAUCAUCCUGGGGUCUCCAAUCAGUUUCUCAUUAACACCAACUCAGAGCUUGCACUUAUGUACAAUGAUACCUCCAUGCUGGAGAACCACCACCUGGCUGUGGGCUUCAAGCUGCUGCAGGCAGAGAACUGUGACAUCUUCCAGAACCUUACCACCAAGCAGCGGCUGAGUCUGCGCAGGAUGGUCAUCGACAUGGUGCUGGCCACAGACAUGUCCAAACACAUGAACAUCCUGGCUGACCUCAAGACCAUGGUGGAGACCAAGAAGGUGACAAGCCUUGGAGUCUUGCUGCUAGACAACUACUCCGACCACAUCCAGGUCUUGCAGAGCCUGGUGCACUGUGCCGACCUCAGCAACCCCACCAAGCCGCUGCCACUCUACCGCCAGUGGACAGACCGCAUCAUGGCUGAGUUCUUCCAGCAGGGCGACCGUGAGCGCGAAUCAGGCCUGGACAUCAGCCCUAUGUGCGAUAAGCACACAGCCUCAGUGGAGAAGUCCCAGGUGGGUUUCAUUGACUACAUCGCCCACCCACUGUGGGAGACAUGGGCUGACCUGGUACACCCAGAUGCACAGGACCUGCUGGACACUCUAGAGGACAACCGCGAGUGGUACCAGAGCAAGAUCCCCCGCAGCCCUGUGGACCCCACCAGCCCCAAGCAGGGUGGUCCCGACAGAUUCCAGUUUCAGCUGACUCUGCAGGAGGCAGAAGAGGAGGAGGGAGAGGAGGAGCGAGCACUGGGUGGGGAGGCCUCAGAGUCACCUGACACUGAGCUUCUGUCCCCUGAGGCCAGCCCAGACCCUGGGGCCCUAUACCUGGACAACCAGAGGACCGUGGGCAAGCCCUGUGUGGACCAUGAGGGCAAUGUGAUGGCUGAGCCUUUGGGCACCUAGUGGUCCCUGAAGGGUGUGUAGACUUUCCAGGAAGAGGUCCCAGGUGGCCCCUGCUUUGCCUUCCCCACCCACUGAGGGAGACAAUCAGGCUUUUAGCUACACACAGGUCUCAGGGUUGAAUUGGAGGCACCUGGCGGGAUCCAUUCUGACCCUGAGCUCAGCUGAGAGAGCUCUCCAAGGAGCUGGGCUGGGGGCAGCCUCUUCCAGGGCCCUUGAGUUCUCCCUCCUGGACUUCAACCCCUGGUGUAGAAAGGGAGUAUCUGCCAGGCCCCUUGUGCAUCUUCUCCAGUGGUCACUCUUCAGCCACGUCAAUCACUUUAUUUUUUCAUUCUUUAUCCGAUAUUUACCGGGCACCUACUGUGUGCCAGGCCUGUGCCUCUUAUGUGCCUCUGGGUUAGCCCUGCACAAGGAGGUGGGGAGUCAGCCUCAAGGAGAUGCCCCCUCCCCUAGACACCUCCCCUUCAUCUGCAAGGCAGCUCAUUACAAGAGAACAAGAACUUGAAUGGGAGAAUUCUCAGCACCAAAGCUUCAUCCAGACCCAGUUCUGUCUCUGGAGCUCUGGUGGGGGGUGAUAGGGGCCAUGAAAGAGAGGGCUGUGUGUCAGGAACUGUCUCUGAAGACUGAUUUAGCCUUCGUUGCUUGUGCACUGGCUGUUGCUUUAAGUUGCUGUGGUUUCUGUCUUCAGGUCUAAGGAUCCUAGUUCUCCCUGGUCCCAGGACCCCCUGCUGGCUCCCUUAUACUUUCUCGCUCUCUAGAACAGCAACAAAAGCACAGACUUCUCCCCCACGGAAGGUCUCUCGAUCUUCUGAUUCUGAGGCUCUCUGAUUCCCCGUAGGGAAAAGGAGGCCUCUGAUGCUUUCUUGCGAGUCACAGCCCCUUCUGGGCCUCAGUUUCCCCUCCAUGGCCUGAUCCUUAGUACUUGGGUAAACUUUGGUUGGAGGGCGGUGUUUGUGACCUCCCUGAAAUAUCUUAGAAAUAUGAGGCAUUCUCUGGGUUUAAAUAAACUCUAUCACCCAUAAUUAGUACCGUGCCCGUUUCACGGAUGGGGAAACAGGAGCGGAGAGGUCCUGUGGCCUGAGGGCUCAGGGCCCUGUAGCUGGGGGGCAGACGUUAGCCAGCGGCGCCCCCUGGUGGCUGGAGGCACAGAGGGGAGGGGGGCGAAUUCGGGGCCCUUCCUCGCUUUGCCAGAGGUCUCUCCCGCACCCAGCUUGGUUGAGUUCACCCUGAGGGUGCCGGCCUGGCGCAGAGCAGCUGAGGCGGCUCUGUGCUCAAGUCUCAGAUUCAAUUCCCGCUUCCGGAGGCCUCAGUA